GAAAUUAAAAUUAAAAAAAAAGAGCCGUAGCCUUCGGUUCGUUAAUCCGCUCUUACGAUGGACCUCUUGGCCUCCGACGAGCGGCGACACCUAACGAACUAUACCCUCUUCUAUUUCUUACCGUCUCUGCUACUCUUUUAAUUGAGCGAAGCGUUUGAUCUCCGUGACGAUCGAUCUGCUCUCCUAGCAAACAUAUCGACCACACAUCCGGAGCAUGGAAAUGGCUUCCAUUACCUCAAAUCCACGUACAGUAGAAGAGAUCUUUAAGGACUACAGUGCUCGGAGAGCCGGGAUCGUUCGAGCUUUGACCUACGAUGUUGAUGAAUUCUACGCACUCUGCGAUCCAGAGAAGGAAAAUUUGUGUCUGUACGGACACCCAAAUGAGAGCUGGGAAGUCACUCUUCCCGCUGAGGAAGUUCCGCCUGAGCUGCCCGAGCCAGCGUUAGGGAUCAAUUUUGCAAGGGAUGGGAUGAACCGCAAAGAUUGGCUUUCAUUAGUUGCUGUGCACAGUGAUUCUUGGUUGCUCUCCGUGUCUUUCUAUUUUGGGGCUCGUCUGAAUCGCAAUGAGAGGAAGCGCUUGUUUAGUAUGAUCAAUGAUCUUCCCACUGUCUUCGAAGUUGUGGCUGAUAGGAAACCAAUGAAAGACAAGCCCAGUGCAGAUAGUGGAAGCAAAUCCCGACUCAGCACAAAAAGAUCGAGUGAUGGACAGGUGAAAAACAAUUCGAAACUAGCUGACGAUAGCUUUGGGGAGGAUGAAGAUGAACACAGCGAAACCCUUUGUGGGAGUUGUGGUGGGAACUACAAUGCUGAUGAGUUCUGGAUUGGCUGCGAUAUCUGUGAAAGAUGGUUCCAUGGAAAAUGUGUCAAGAUAACACCUGCCAAGGCUGAGAGUAUAAAGCAGUACAAGUGCCCAUCGUGCAGCUUGAAGAGAGGCAGGCAGUAGCCACAAAGCUGAUAAAGGUUAACAUUGUUUUGGUGGCUGACACUGUAGCAUUAGUAGUAGUAUCUAUGACAAUUAAAUAUUCUUGGUUAUGUGAUAAUCUUUAUUUCAAUCGACUCUUUAAAGGGGUUUGAAGGCUCCCUUUCAGCUCGUAUUUUUUAUUUUUAUUUCAUGUAUGUUAGAUAUUUGUUAUAUAUACAUGCAAUUACAGGAAUUUGUAUUGUUUGUGAUGUUAUGUGGAAGGUCUUGUGUUCUCUGGAAAA